GGGCAAAUAUGGCGGACUACUGUAAACAUGAGGGGUCGCCGUUUCAACAGUCGCUGUCGUUUUCCUUAAGUUUAUCGACGAAUUAACCUAAAGGAGAAUAUGUAGGAACACUUUUCAAUAUGGAUUUUUAGGAAUAUAUGUUCGUCAAAAUGGUGCCAGUUGUGAAAGAAGUAGUGUUUAAUAUCAACAAAAGUUUUCAACCGGAAAAAGGGGAAAAGUUAAAACAGCUGAGUUAAAUAUUAUUUGAUCAACUUCAAGUGAAAAGAAUGACGACUAUCGCUAACCACCGAGAAAAUGUGGCCUUCUUGGAGAAGGGAAUAAAGUCUCUCAGAAGAUCACGGUUGAUGCAGGUGCGCGAGUUCAAGGAUAUGUUCAGCAUGAUAGAACAUCACCACAGGGACAUCAGACUGGCACACCUUACUGGCAAAGCCAAGGAUCUCAUUGAACAUGAUCAGCAAGACACAAAGUUUUUCAAUAUUCUUGUUCAUAUGCUGGGAGAAGUUAGCAUGAUUGAGAGUCACCAGCAGCAAAAACAGGACCUUCAAAAAGUUCACAGCUGGUUCAUGGCUAAUAAACAGACUUUACAUUCCGCCCCUAUUUUUGGACGAGCUAAAAAGCAGCUGGCCACCCAAGGUAUCUUGCGUAUAGACCCAAGGACAGGAUCAAUGAGACCAUACAGUGGAAGUACUGGCAGUGCUAGAAGUCGGAGGAACAAGGCUGUACAGCUCAUGGAAGUGGAACAGUUUGAAUCACCUAGGCUACAGUCCCCUCCACAGCUGAAUAGAGAAAAGAUAACCCAGGGAAAGCCACUGAAGGCAACAGCACCCAGCAAAGAAAAAAUACAAAAUGAGAAUAUUGCUCCAGCUGCCUUACCAGCCACUGAAGUGCCAAAUAAUACACCACCUGCCAGUACAGAAACCAAGCCAAUCCCUCAACCUCCCCCUGCCCCUAGAGAAGAUGUCACUGUGCCUCCCAGAAUGGUGCACCCAGUGGCAGCUUUAGUCAAUCCCCAUGUUGUGCAAUUAAGUGAACAUCACCCCUCCACACCUCAGCCUCAUUUUGACAUUGACCAAAUGUCUGAUGUCAGUAGUCCUGUGAAAAUAAGAGUAGAAUCUAAUCCAGAUAAUCUGUCUUCUGGUCAGUUAUCGCCAGAUAGGACUAGGACGCCAUUAGAGGAGCGCAAUGCCAGACUGAGAUCAUGGAAUGAAUUCCAGCAGGACCAGACUUAUGGACAGGAGAUGCUAGGUAGCCUCCAGUUUAUUGGUCGUGGGGGUCAGCCCCAGGGGGUUCGUUACGCAGCGCAUGACCUCGGUGAGACCCCAGAGGAGUACACAAAGGAUAUUGUUGUGGGCUAUUCCAGACUGCAUGGCACAGGUCCAGCACCAGGCAUUGACCCCAAAAUGCUGGUGUCCCAAACUACAGAAGAGUUCUAUCAGCUGGCCGAGGGGUACUACCCAGACACACCCAAAUACCCCUCCUCUGUGGUGGCUGCAAUGAGGCCAAAGUCCACUCCUCCCGGGGCCAAGAGGUCAGCCUCUGUUAUGACCAAUUUUGGUGCCAUGAGGAGUAGAGCAGCCACGCCAAAGAAUAGGUCAAAGUCUGCCCUUGGUGCAGUCAGCCUCCAACAUGUGAUGCCUGACCCUCCUCCUGAGCCCAAACCAAGACUGGACGUCAAACUGGACACUGUGGUCAACCUCAUAGACUCGGUCACUGAUGACUUGAAUUAUUACAAAGAAAAGCUGACCCCUGAACCUUUAAAUGGCUUCCGCCCACCAACCGCUGUAGUUGUGGCUAGUCGUCCAAACACUGCCGUACCUUUCAUGAGGUCCAACCCACCUACUAGUCCACAAUCUGAGAGGAAUGAUGAAUCUCCAAGAGAGGAGGACUCCGAGUGGACUGUCCACUUCAGUCGACCACAGCCGCCGCCUGCUGUCCAGAACCCUGUCAUGCAGGCAAUAGACUGGCGGGGGAGAAUCACUCCAGAUACCACAAGAUACAAAUGGGCCACCACAAGUUUUGGAGGCCACACUUACAUGAAGAAGUUGAAGCAGAAGAUAUCUCACAGGUCAGCAGGGAGUACGUCUGCUGGAAAAAGGCCCAAGACAGCCCCAAUGACAGUCAGGGAGAAGUGGAAUACAGACAAGCCAAGUGAUGACAAUUCUCGGAUAGCUCAGGCAGCCAGCAACACCGUGACCCAGGUUGAUCCCUCUGUCGUCUCCUCCAUGGUGAAAGUACACAACCUGGGAUCAGGAAAUCCAAGUAAAUUACCAAAAAUUAAGAGGGUCCGAAUUGUCAGACCAGGAGAACCAGAAGAUGAUAUACUGUCCAAAGUCAAACAGGUUCAUCACAAAGUGACCCUGUUCUCUCCAGAAGGUGGCAGCAGUGCUCCUUCAUUCAGAGCAGACUAUCCUCCUCCAGGUUCUAAAGACAUGGAAUUCCUCUCUCUUGUGGCCCCCAGAUCAAUCCUAAUACCCCCAAAGAAAGAUGGUCACAUGGAAAGCAUGGUCACCACACCCCGCGACGUCAAUCUUCCCGUUCCCCUGCACUCUGCUGCGGGGGACUCCCCCAGCAUCUCCAGUGCACAUGUAUCUCAGAAAUACUAUGGCUACAAGGGCAGUGACUCCAACAUGGGAGAUGGUGACAGGCCUGAUACCAUGCUGAAGAGUUUAGAUAUGGAUCUUAUUAAUCGGUUACAGGUUCAUCACAAAGUGACCCUGUUCUCUCCAGAAGGUGGCAGCAGUACUCCUUCAUUCAGAGCAGACUAUCCUCCUCCAGGUUCUAAAGACAUGGAAUUCCUCUCUCUUGUGGCCCCCAGAUCAAUCCUAAUACCCCCAAAGAAAGAUGGUCACAUGGAAAGCAUGGUCACCACACCCCGCGACGUCAAUCUUCCCGUUCCCCUGCACUCUGCUGCGGGGGACUCCCCCAGCAUCUCCAGUGCACAUGUAUCUCAGAAAUACUAUGGCUACAAGGGCAGUGACUCCAACAUUGGAGAUGGUGACAGGCCUGAUACCAUGCUGAAGAGUUUAGAUAUGGAUCUUAUUAAUCGGUUACAGGAUGGUUAUAAAGGAGAUGACCAAGAACUCAUUAAUGAAGACCAAAGUGACCAACCUGACCACCUAGAGGAGGACGAGGGUGACCAGAAUGACCCCUUUGACCACAUGGACAGUGCCAGUGAUAUUUCAUCUCUGGGCAAGCCUCCCAGUAUCACAGGGGAGAGGGAGGAGGUGAAUGAGGAAGAGAAAAAGGAAGACAAAGCUGACAAAGAAGAAGGACUUGAAACUAAGGAAACUAAGGAAGAAAAUGAAUCCCUCAUCAACGCCAAGCAAAGACUAGAAUCUAAAUACCACCUGACCAUCUCCAAUCCAUGGUCAUUUGCCCCAGACGUGGAUUUUGAAAAUAUCAACUUUGAGGAAUACAUGAAGGGCAACUUGCCAGACCCAGAGAAACUGAUCCAUGGAGAACACUGGUUAACUGCAAUACAGAAACCCGAGAACUAUUGCGGGGAUUGUCGACCUCAUACGGCUCCACCGAGUAAACCCAAAACCAGGGGAAUUGACGCCAAGGCGGAGGAACUGGAAAAUUUACUCCGUAUUCACGGUGCUCAAUUCCAAAGACUACAGAAUCUUCAGCACAUGCAGCAACAGAAGAAAAAGAGGUUGUUAUCAGCCCCUACCAGAACCCCUCCCUCCAUUCCCAGCCCCCAAAAUCACCCCCUGGGUGGCAGGACCCCCCGAGGAGCAAGCAGGAGUAGCUCCUAUCUAGCUGAGCUGGAGCAUCAUGCCAGAACAUUGAAGAGUCCCCGAAGGUUCAUGGAGAAAAACCUGUUGAACACUGCUAAGAAGAUCAUCAAUUUACGUCAAGCAGACACAGAAAGGUCUCAAGCAAAUUUGGGUCAUGCAAGCAACCCCCAGGAACUCCAGUCAGCAUUGACUGUUCUGAGACUAAACUCCAGAACUUCAUCAAGUCAGCCAACACCAGUACCUCUGAAAGACGCUUAUGAUCUGUUUGAUGAGUUUGAAGAGGUGUGUCAGGCCAAUCAAAUUGCAUUGGAUGAUGCAGAUAGCAAGUCUCAGCCAGAGAUGCCUCAGAGAGACCCAGAUCUACCAGGUUAUGAUGGUUAUACAAAUAGUAAAGGAAGCCCCAGCAUUUCAAGCUCAUCAACCUCUGAAGGAAUUAGAAAGGAACUGGACAUCUUUGGAUCAUCUGACCAGCUCAGUGUUAAAGAUUCAGAAUAUGCAGCGGACAUCUCCAAUUCUGACACAGUGACGGAAAAGAUGACAUCCAAUUCAGUCACAAGUAAUGACACCCCUGUUGGUCCACCAAUAAGUGUCACCAUUGUCACAAGUCCUAGACUUAAAACAGGGGACACAGGGGAUACUGAGGAAUCACAAGAGGACAAGGAUGAUAAAGAGGAUGACCUGGUUUUUGUGUCAAACACUGGGGAAAGGGAACCCUCCAAAGCAGGACGCCCAAUCCCAGAGCAUUUUCAGCCAACUGAUCCUGAUGCAUUGGAAGAAGCAGUCAGGAGACAGCAAGAAGCCAAUGCUGCUGUUGACAUCCAGAGAAUUUUCCGAGGCUAUGUGGUGAGGAAGAGUUAUAAAUACCUGAUGAAAGAGGAGAGAGAAAGAAAAGAGGAUGAAAGGAAAGCUGCCAUAGAAAUACAAAGAGCAUACAGGGGGCAUAUAUCCAGGAAGAAAGCCAUUUAUAAUAGAGAGCCUAAUCCUGACACCAUGAUUUGGGCAAAGGAGUUUAAAACUAAGCAGACGGAAAAGGCAGCUAUGAGAAUGGUGAAAGCUGAGGAGACAACAAGACAACAUACCAGGAACAAGGCAAUUGCAAAUGCAAAGCUGUCUGUUAUUGGUCCCCAUGUGGAGAUAUAUGACACAUUCCACCCUAAGAAAACUGGGCCCAACAAGAAGCAGAUCAUAGAGGCAGCUAUAACUCUGCAGAAAAUGUUUCGGGGAUGGAAUGUUAGAAGACAGAUGGAUGCCUUGAAGAGAAGAGGUAUCUGGCACUCGGGAUCUUGGGAUAAGUUCAUCACAGACUACAAAGACCUGCUGCGUAGAAUACAAAAGCGCUAUGGGGUUCCCAAGCCUGUAACGCCAUUUGAUUUCAAACAGAUCCAGAAAUUUAUGGAGUCAAAGAAAAGGUUUGAGAGUGUUUUUGACAAGAUCUCAUUUGGAGGGGAACUGGAACUGGAAGAUAUUCCUCAAUACUUCAAGGAAAGUGACCUGUACCCAGCCAAAUCAGAGAUAAAUGAGGCAAUGGAUUCAGUCUUCAGAGGGAAAUCCAUGAAAAACAAGCGUGGCUUGCACAAGGAGGAGGCGCUGGAGUUGACGUUCCAAAUUUAUGUACCAGAGGCAACAGGACUUCAGAACCGCAGGAAGUCCACCUGGAUGAAUCCCAUUAUAGAUGGGGAAGAAGCAUGGAAACUCCAAGGUAGCGAUUUGGUGGAGCCGGCUCCACUGAAGCCAUGCAUGGACUUGGUUAUCAACUCCAUCAAGGAGAGAAAGGAAAGAGAAUCAGCUUCUGGUGCACCAGUUGGAGAAAACCUGAAGAAAGAGGGGAAUAAAGGUGCAAACCAGACUAGAAAAAUAAAAGAAAAAAGAGACCAAACAUCAGAAGAUAAGUAAAGGCCAACAACACUGGUACUGGAACCAAAGAGGCAAUUAGGAAAGAAAAAAUUUGACAAAGAUCCUGAACAGUAUUAGAAAAGACAAAGAAUGGUGAGACUAAACUCGGAACUAGACAUAAAAUAAUCUAGGGAAAGAUAAGAGGACCAGUGCUGUAGUAUGAUAAAUUGUACAUAAUAUGGAAUUCAUGGCACCUUAAGGUGAUUUAUGAAUAAUGUAAUAUAUAACAAGGUUUCAUCCACAAAUAACGUAUGCCAUUGAUCUGUUUUAGCUAAUCAAACAAAUCAUAUAGUAAGUUAGUGUGUAAAUUACAAAUUACAUUUAAAGGAAUGCCCACCCACCAUCAUGUAAAUUGUGUGCCAACUAAUUAGCCUUGUAAAAAAUUAUGUAAAAUAGUUAAAUUCCCAUUCCCACCAUCAAAAGAAUAUUUUUUGUAUGUGUGUUUUUGCUGUGUCACUGUUACAUAAAUUCUCUUUUGGAGGGUUGUCCCUGUUAUUAAUAUGAAUUCAUGAUAAGACAAUAUUGUCAGAAUGUAAGAGUAGAUUGUAUACAUAAAUAGAGAGAGAGUGUUUUUGAAGGUUCGGGACUCCUUAAAUGGCCACUGUUGGUCCAUAUCUUAUGUAUAUUAUAUAUAUUAUAUUAACUAGUUCAUCAACAGACAAACAUGAACAAUAAUACUUUACAUAUUCUGUCUCUUUCCUUCUAUUUAAAUGCAUGCCUAGCAUGCCAGUGGCUGAAAAAUAACCUGCUUUAUGAAUGUGAUUCCCUCCUUCAAAUCCGUCCAUAUUUUUACUGUACUUCAGAACAAAUGAUAUUGUUCCAGAGCAUUAGAUCAGUUGUAUCCCAAUGCUUUUACAGUAUAUAUUUUUAUAGCUAUAUUAUUUUAAAUCCAGGUAUUGUAUUACCAAAGAUAACCUUUUAGGUUUGAUAGUGUUUUCACUUUUGUUAUGCUAAAGAUAUUUUAAGUAAUGGUUUUUUCAAAAAUUAAGCACCAUCUUAUAUAUGGUAACUGCUGGUUUAGAUCAUAAGCCUUUUUUGUACUGUAUGUACAAACUACUGAAUAGUGAACUGUGAAACGUGCUCAAUACUGCCCAGGUUGACUGCAAUUUUUCUUUAUCUUUGUAGAUAUCUUUGUAGUAUAGCUUUAUUUAUACACCAUGUGUUUAAAAACCCAUUUACACUGGACGGCAUCCUUUCUGUGUCCUUUGUGCGACCAUGAGUCUGGCGUCGCUAUGGUUGUAGAAAGGAGGAACAAGCAUCGCUUUGGUUGCAGAAUGAAUGCUCGAUGACUGGCCAGUUAUUGGCAGGUAAAGUAAUUUUUUAC